UUUGAGUUUUUGCUCUUGAGCAAAUCAGACCUCGGAAUUUCGUACGCUUCAGAGGAUGUCGACGCCUUUGACCUUGUGGUGUGUGAUUGCUCUCUUUGGUUUGGUUCCAACAGCGUUUUGCAGACCUCGGCAUAUUGGAAAGUCUGUUUCCGAAGUUAAAGCGGGUGAAGUACAGAAAAGGCAGUCAGAAUGCGGAAAUCCGUCGAGUAAUGAACUGAAAAGUCCCAGGUACCCAAGUAACUACCCAAAUAGCAUGAAUUGCGUUUACAGGGUCGAAAUUCCUGCUGGAAAGGCAAUGAACAUCAGCUUUAAUGACUUCAAUCUCGAGAACGCCCACAGUUGCAGGUAUGACUAUUUGAAGAUUGCAAACGAAAAAAGUGAGACAUUUGGUGGGCUCAAUGGAAAGUAUUGUGGUAUUAGAUCUGGAACCGUCCUCGUCACUGGUCAGUACGCUGUGUUCACAUUUCAGUCAGACUCCAGUGUCACACGCAGAGGAUACCACUUAACAUUCACGUUUGUCCCUACCGGCUUUGGUUGUGGAUACCUGCAAAAUAAUCAGCUCACAAGUCCCGGAUAUCCAAACGUUUAUCCCAAUAGGAUGGACUGUACUUAUUGGGUUUACAUCCCCCUUGGCAGGACGCUAAGAAUUUACUUCAGGGACUUUGAAGUCGAGUCACAUCCUAGUUGCAGAUAUGACUAUUUGAGGAUUACCAAUGAAAGGAACGUCACAUUUGGAAAGUACUGUGGCGUCAAGACUGGACGAACUGUAUCUGUGACUGGACGUUAUGCAGUGAUAACCUUCCACUCAGAUACUUCUUUCAGUGGAAGAGGAUAUAACCUGACCUUUUCAUCUGUAAACAGUGGCAGUGGUACUCAGGGCCCACCAACAGGGUACCCCACAAAUCCUCCAUGGUUUACCACAGCACCACCAAACGGUAAUGCUACCCAGGUUCCACCAACAGUGAACACCACAAAUCGACCUUGGUAUACCACAGCACCACCACAAGUUGGUUGUGGAUACGUGCAAAAUAAUCAGCUCACAAGUCCCGGAUAUCCAAACUUUUAUCCGAAUGGGAUGGACUGUACUUAUAGGGUUUACAUCCGACCUGGUGGGACGCUCAGAAUUUACUUCAGGGACUUUGAAGUCGAGUCACAUCCUAGUUGCAGAUAUGACUAUCUGAGGAUUACCAAUGAAAGGAACGUCACAUUUGGGAAGUACUGUGGCGUCAAGACUGGACGGACUGUAUCUGUGACUGGACGUUAUGCAGUGAUAACCUUCCAUUCCGAUGGCUCUGAAAGGGAAAGAGGAUAUAACCUGACCUUUUCAUCUGUAAACAGUGUUUUCACCACACCAAGACCAAGCUCGGUUUAUCCAACGGCUGGUACUGCGUUUCCAUCCAUUGGACCAUCCCCCGAUGCAAAGAGUAAACUUCAGUACCUUAUCAACGUGUUCCGAUACCUCUUAAAUCAGAUGGAGUAUGUUGUGAACAACGAGGUUCCCACCAAUUCCAGUGUGUCCGUCAGGGAAUACAAAGCUCGAGUCCAAAGAGCUGUUGCCGAUGUCCACGAUGCACUGCAGGCUGAAGGAAGGCAGAAGCGUGACGUUGGGAGUGUGGAGAUGAUUAGCCAGUUGGAAAAGAAGGCUGACGAUCUGAUAACACGACUGCAAAUCAAAGAAGAUCGAUACAAGAGAAGUGCCCUUAAAAGGAAAGUUGCUAUUCGGAAUGCUAAGAAAGCUCACUGAUCACAUUGACAGAAUCAAAGCAACUAAAAACACUAAGAAGAAAGGUGAUGCUAGAAGAGAAAUAAGCGUAGAGAAAGAAAAUGAACCCGAGAUAUUCUAAAAAUGCUCAAUAAUAGCUAAGCUGUGGGGAUUGGGUGUGCAUAUUUUAAUCAAAGAAGUGAAUAAAAGAACAUAUGGCA